AUGGCCAUCCCGCCAGCUCCUCGACAGCUUCGCCAGCGCCGUAAAAGCCUCAGCUCCCUCAUGCUCCUUCCCAGGAUAUUGGCUUUGCUGGUCCUGGGGAGCUCCUCGUUGUGCGUCGCCUCUGCACCGCUCAACAGUCAAAGUCAGCCGGAAGUGCAAAUACAACUGCCAACGCGGGAGCAACAACAAGCAAAACAAGAACAGCAACAGCAACAUCGUCUGAAUGUCCUCCACGAGCCUGUGCGGAGCGUCUGGGAACAUCAGGCUGGACAAGCAAAACUGACAGCAAGGGCAAGCGCCGUCUUGCACCAUCCGCAUGAGCCAGGGACAAGAGGCCGUGCGGAAUGGGACGGAGCUGGGGAAGGGUCAGUGCGGAGGGAAAAGUGGGAGACAAGAGGUGCUCAAGAUGGCCGGUCGUGGAGUUACGGAGGGAGCCAUGCCCUGCGGGCUGAAGAUGGAGAGAGGGACAACGAGUGGCUCGUAGAGAUUGGCUACGGCACACCUGCUCAAAAGCUCAAAGUGGUCCUCGACAGCGGCUCCGCCGGCGGCUGGCUCUACUCUCCCUCGUGCUGCUACCCAAGAGAUCACGACUACUUUGACCCGCAGCGCUCCUUGACGUUCGCCAAUCGCACACUGGACGAGGAGGGGAAAGCGAGGAGAGCCACUUCCGCCGUUGCAGGCACGCCCUGGAACGCCUCGUACGGCUCUGCAAAGGCAGAGACGUUUGGCUAUGUCGGGUACGACACUCUGCAGCUCUCGUCGACACUACAAGUGGCGGACGUCAAUCUGGCUCUUGCGACUUCGUUGACGGGCCCCAGUCGCGAAAAACGCAAGAUGGAGGGCCUGGUAGGUCUCUUGCCCAGUCGCGUCGUAAGGAGGGAUUUUCCCGGCGGGUGGAACACACCCUUCGAAAAAGCCAUCGAUGACGACCUGUUGGGAAAGCCGUACCUGUCCAUUGCUUUGCAGAAGGCUGAUCGACGCACGGGCGAGGGCGGAGGAGGGAGCUACCUCUUCGGUGCCGUCGACAGCAAAGCGCAGCGUGGACCACUGGUGUGGAUGGACGUGCAGUCGCAGACAUUCUGGGGCGUCGUCUUCGAUGGCUUGUCCAUGGGCCAUGGAGAGGACGAAUACCACAACGUGAGCGAUCCUGCUGAUGAGCGGCGGCGCGUUGUACUCGACACAGGUACAGCUUUGAUCCUACUGAGCGCCCCUGCUGCUGAUGCGGUCAACAGUCGUAUCCACGGCAGCUUCAAACGCUCGGCCACCGCGAGCGACGACGAGCUCGUUGCGUUGAACUCUACUCGCAGGGACAUCGGAGGUGAGAGCGUGGUGCCGGUCGCCAACCCCUGGCUGGUCCCAUGUCGGACCGGUCUGGAGGAGUACGAUUUGGAGCUGCCGCCAGAGGAUCGUACCCAGCCCUUCUACAUCUCGCUCGGCCGCACGCGCUUCGGAAUCCCUCCGCAAGACUUUGUCUUUUGGCCUAACCAGCCCUACCCGACUUCUCUCACGGGAGGGAGAAAGGACUUGUGUCUGAGCGCCUUCCAGCCUACUUCGGCCGGGUAUAGCGUCCUUGGAGGCGUCUUCUUCAAGAAUGCUUUGGUCGUGUUGGAUAAUGCAGGAGGGUCCGAACAGGGCGGUAGUGGGAGGAAAGUGGGCGUAGCGAAGAGAGCAGACGUCGUUGAACCGUGA